AUGAUUCUCGGAAACACCAUCAACACCAACACAUCAAUUCAACCAAGCACAAGAAGAAUCCAACCCAAAAAUCUAAUCUAUCAAGACCCAGCUCGCGGACAUGAAUCCCAACCAGAAACCCUCUCAUCAUCUGCCGAUGUAAAAGGCACUGUUGCCAAGCCUGCUACCGAUCUUGGCAAACUUCUUGUUACCACCACCAAUUCUCUUGUUACUAUGGAUCCGCACAUAGAGUCAGAGCUUCUUGGAAUUGAUAACAGGAGUACUGUUGAUCAAAUCAAUGUUCUCGAGGCUCAUGUUGUUACUUUGGAAGAAAGAGCUUCGAUGUUACAGGAGAGGACAGAGAGAUUAGACUCUGUUAAUGAGGUUUCGACGGCAGAAGUUACUUAUGACGCUAGGAACAGAGGAUUGUUGUUACCGGCAACUCAAUCUGCUGUUGCAGAGAAAGAGUCACUGUCGAUUGAGAGAUCUAUGGUACCUGCGAGAUCUGCGAGAAGUUGUGGGAGAGGCCCAGCCCCCCCUGUUGCCAUUCCUGCAUUUGUGGAAGAGGAUCGAUGUCCUCAAAAUGCAGAAGAGGAAGUCAUCUACGAAGCUUGGAUCCGCUGGCGAGUCUUGAAAUUUUUCGAAUUUGCAGAACCUGUUCGAGUAAAUGCUUAA